CUAAAGGCAACUGCAACGACUGAGAUAGUAACAAUAGAAUAAGAGCAAAGCUAUCUAAGGGGACAGGGGCCAGCCCUCCUUUAGGCACGCCCCAGUCCUUACCCCCUCUGCUCACACAUGAGCUCCUCCUCCUUGCUGGGGGGGACUGCAGAUCCCCGUCCCCGAAGGUAUGAAGACCUGUUCCAGGAUCAAACAGCUAACCCCUUUGGGGCCGACUUAGAUGCACGCAAGUCUGCCUAUGAAGUGAUAUACCGUAAGUUCCGGGGGACAGGACCGAGCCCACCCAGCGCCGGGACGCUGAUGGAGGACGUCCGAGACCUCUUUGAAGCUCGCGCCGUCGGUGGGAUAGGAAUCUUUGUCAACGACCAGACGGCCACACCACGUCUACGGAUUAUACAUGGGAUCCGCAAGUACCCGGGGAGCCUCCUCAUGGCCACUCCGUACGCCGGAAAGACCUUUGGGUAUUUAGAUGACGUUGUAUCCGGCCGUGGAGAACUGGUCCAGGUUACCACCAGUAUGUUCACCUUGACACGGAGUGUGCGUGUUUAUACCGCUGCACAACACCGUAUCGUGCUCGAGGCAAGCCCCGAAGCCAGCUUCAUCGACCCGCUGGAAGCCACCGCACCACAGUCCGAAGAGAUCCAGUGUCGCCACACCUUCUUCAUUCCCUUUGAACUGAUGCCCUUUGUGCUCGGCAAAAAUUUAACUCCCCGACAAGCCUUCUUCAUCAUACAGCCCUGGCUUGUGGGGAAGGGCCUUACUUACAGCGCCCGGCCGCUCUUAGAUGCACUAUGAGUAGCUGACACUCACGUACGUAAUGAGCACAGUAAUGCUGUAUGUGAGAUCGCAGCCAAUGAACCAGGCCCCCUCUUCCGAGCUGAAGCAGACCUCACCGUGUAUAUGGACCAAAAGGUCCUAUACCGGGACUUAACUGGUCUAGUCACCGUCCCCUCCGUAGUGGGCCCUGAAACAGCAGCCUUAACCGCUGCUGUUUCCACCUUAACUGAUAACCAACUGAAGGCCAACGAGGUCAAUGAAAGAAGGAGAGCCGAGGAGGCGAAGCCCCCAGCCAUGGAGGAAGUAAUUGGGGAUCUCAACACUAGGAGGCUUAUGUCACUUUGCCUGGCCGCAGAGCCGGGACAGUUGCCCCCAGUAUACCAAGCUUGGACAACUAAAAAGAAAGGGGAGAAGCUUCACGCGCUCUUUCAAAGCCACGUGGAUCAAGCUGCACAGGAGCUCUCAGUUCCCUCUCCGUUCAUACCAACCUCGACCCUCAAGACCUUCCAGACCUUUCGAUUCUAUGGUGUGGAUGAAUGCGAGAUCGGGGAUGGGAUACUACSGAUGGCCUUUGCCCCCCCYGGGGGCUCCCCYACAGCCCRCAAGAAGGAGCUGGAAGAUGCACAGGAUGCUCUGGCAUACGACACGUUGGUUUCCACCGCGGGCAACUCCAUCAGUCUCACUGAUGCACAAACACUGGGAAAGGCCAAAGGAUAUGUACCGGUCGAGUGGACGGAAGCUGUUCUACAGAUAGAAGGCUAUUUGCCCGUGCUCGCUACCUUGCUGGGUGUUGAACACCCUAUAGUUCGAAGUUAUCUAGCUGGACUGGAACGGUUAAAAAGGAUCCAGUUGGGAUUGCGAUAUGCCAUCAAGGAUGAGUGUGGGGACAAGCUUGCCCCAGCUAUAGUGGUAUACUACUUCCAGAUACGAGUGCGAGGAUGGCUGGAAGAUCAAUGGGAAAGCACGGCACCAGUAGAGAUCCCCAGUUUCACCCAUGAGUUCCGAGUGUUCAAGCUCACCAAGACAUUGAACUGGUUGCCGGUUGUAUCUGAUGUCCCAGCCUUGCAAGUGUUGCGGCGGUCCGCAAACACAAGCAGCGGAGGCAACAGAGGAGUGAAGGGAUCCAACCAAAAUAGUAACCGUACUAAGGGUAGCCAGUCCAGCGCGGGAUCCCAAGCACCAGCCCAACACCGAGUGGAGAACCCUCACCAAGAUAGCAGGAUCUCCACGGCCAGCGGAGAGCUGGGAACACGACUUAAGAACUGGAAGAUCUCCAAGGCCAUGAGUAACAUGAAGGCCAAGGGCAAGGGACCUUGCUUACRAAACGAUGGAAAGGAAAUGUGCCACUCCUGGCAUGCAAAAGGCUUUUGUUACGAUAGCUGUAAGCUUAGCUAUGAUCACAAGGAGCCUCCAGAGGAGGAAGCCAACCGGUUCUGGGACUGGUGUCAGGAGGCUUACGGCACCCAAUGAGGGGGGGGGGGCAGGCAGCCCGCUCCCAAUGCAGCUGCUGUGCCACUUCCCCCUGUAAAGAAAGUACGGAGGGCACCGGAACGGGGGCACACAGUAGUGAAGACAGGGAGCCUGCAAAUGAGCCCCUCCAAAUGGGGGCCUCUGGCUCCCCACGUAGGACCCAGUAGUUUUGCUACUAAAGAGUACGAAGCCAAGCAGAUUGAACUGCUGGAGCAAACGGGUUCCAAUUUUGAAAGGGGCGUUACACUCCCCGUAGAACUAGGUAAGAAACAUACACAAGAACUGGAAUCACACCAGGCCGUAGGACCGGAACCUGUUUGCUUCCACGUAUCGAAUCAUUCAAACCUCCAGGAGAGCCGAGACUCUGCGGAAGAGGAAGAUAACUACCAUAGCCCCGAGGAGGCGGACCGAGAUCCAGCACCACAGGGAAGGGGGCCCGCGAUCCCCGUGCGGAGGGCCGAGCCCCAUCCCCGCUUCACCGAUGACACCCACCAGUAUCUAUCGGCACCUCCGGGAGCAACUGGUACCAGCGAGGAACCGGCCGGAGAUAACCCCCCCAUCAGGGACCGGCUCAAUGAGCACAUCCAAAAGGCCAUCAAGGCUUAUAAGGACUCCACAAGCUGGGGGGGCUUUAUACGAUCAGUCAGGGGACGCGGCGACCUACACCCGGAUGUCGGUCUGUUGCCCCACCCAGCAGCCAGCCUUUUAAAAGGCUUCCAGGAGCAAGGAACUCCAGCGGUGAUGCAACCACCGGAUUGGGACCAAGCUCGAAUAGCCGCUGCCCUGGCCAGGGGGCCCCACAAGUCCUCCAACAAUGGGAUCAGUUUCUUGCGAGAGGAAUAUGCAGACAUGAUGGAUAAGCAACAAUGGACUGUACUYCCRGCCCGGAUAGUYGCGAMCAUACCGGGGCUGCGAUUGAGCCCUUUAGGAUUAGUCCCCCAGCGGGGACGGCGAGAUAGGAUGAUCUCCGAUUACAGCUAUUUUGGGGUGAAUCGAGACACCAUUCCCCUGGCACCGGAGGAAGCAAUGCAAUUUGGGCGAACCCUAAAAAGACUCCUGCAGAAGAUACACCGAGCCAAUGACCUCUUUGGCCCAGUAUAUAUGUCCAAGAUCGACCUUUCAGAUGGUUUCUACAGACUGUGGGUCAAACCAGAGGAUACUAUCAGUCUAGCAGUCCUCUUCCCUUCACGCCCCGGAGAGGAACGGUUAGUAGGAAUCCCCCUUACCAACCCCAUGGGCUGGUGUUCUUCCCCUCCUAACUUUAGUGCCUGCACGGAAACAGUAGCCGAUCUCGCUAAUAAUCUGCUGAACCAGAGAGGGGGACUUGAUAGCAUGCGAGUACGGCCCCAUCGACUCGAUCGAGUAGCGGAAUCCCUCCCAGACGACCAUGGGGAGGCUCAAGGGAGCGGAUGCACAGUCAGGGGGCCUUCCCAAAUCGUAACCACCUCCAAUCCAGCUAAGAAGCCCCUCCGAUACUGGGAUAUCUAUGUAGACGACUUCUGUGGACUGGUCCAAGGCAACAAGUGGACACGGAGGGCUGUGAAGCGGGCCCUACUCCACUCAUUGGACAAAGUGUUCAGGCCCUUAGACGCUGACGACACACCGUAUCGGCAAGAACCGGCCUCCCUGAAGAAGCUGAAGAAGGGAGAUGCGACUUGGGCCACUUCUAAGAUCAUACUCGGCUGGAAGCUCGAUACAGUAACCAAAACAAUUACUUUGCCGACCCACCGCAUUACUCGGUUGCAUGAAAUUCUGGACUCCAUUCAACCGGGCCAGAAGUAUGUCCCAAUCCAAGACUGGCACAAGCUGCUAGGAGAAUUAAGGUCCAUGGCAAUUGCCCUACCAGGAUCCCUGGGCCUGUUCUCCUUGCUCCAGGAGGGCCUACGACACCAGGAGAAGAACCGUAAUCGAUUACGGCUUACGGGGGCCAUCCAUGGGUGCCUAGCAGACUUUCGCUGGCUGGCCCACGACAUCGCUAAUAGACCCACCAGCAUCGCAGAGCUAAUUCCGGAUGCAUGGCCGGCCACGAUAGGGGCCUGCGAUGCAGCUGGUAGUGGGAUGGGGGGAAUCCACUUUGUCCCCCUCCCGUGUGGUAGAAUCCAACCACUAUUAUGGAGAGCUAGGUUCCCUGCAUGGAUCAGACGCGAGCUGGUAUCCUUCACCAACCCAGGAGGUACCAUCACCAACAGUGAACUAGAACUUGCGGGAUCCGUAGCACACAUGGAUGUUCUCUCCCAAGUAGCGGAUAUUACGGAGAGAACUACACACAAUCUCUAUGAUAACACGGCGACCGUCCACUGGCAACGCAAGGGAGCUGCAACCACCACAGGACCGGUAGCAUUCCUACUGCGACUCCAGGCCCUUCACCAAAGGUUCUUUCGCUAUGUCCCCCUCCAUGAUUAUAUUCCGGGCCCGGCCAAUGCUAUGGCAGACACACUGUCUCGAGCCUGGGAUCUGACGGACUCACAAAUGCUUGUUCACUUCAACCGCAAUUACACACAGGAUGUGCCCUGGCAAAUAUGCCAGCUGAGACAGCCCAUGCAUUCUCUGCUGAUCUCAGCCUUGUCCAGACGACGAUGCGAUCCAGCGUCACUGAUGGUUACUCCCGGAAGAAGGAUGCCCAUUGGAAGUGCUGGCUUAAGUUCUGUGUGUCUCAAGGCCUUGACCCAUUCCUCAAGUCCUCGACAGACCCAGUCCCCUAUCUCCAAGUGUUUGGAGCCAGAUACCACGAUGGAAGGGCCUCCCCCAGCCGUAAGCGUUCACGAGCUCACACUGUAUCGGACGCCAUCCGGUCAGUGGGCCAGACGAUCACCAGGCUGGGGGCCCCGGACCCUCGGCUCAACCGGUUUGGGAGCAUCGAUUACAGGCUCAGUGCUCAGCUAAGGGCCUAUAGAAAUCAAGAUGCUCCCCCUUCCCGUGUAAAACCUGUACCAAUCACACUGGUGAUUCAUGCCCUCAACUUUGCCUACAACCAACGUCCCAGUCAAGAACGGCAAGCAGUAGCAAAUAUGAUCUGCAUAGCCUUCUACUUCUGCCUGCGACCCGGUGAAUACACCGGAACCACUACGGAUGAUUAAGCCUUCUCCCUGAACGAUGUGGUCUUCUUCAUUGGCCCGCGGCGCCUGAAUUCAUCGCAAGCUACGGAUGCAGAAAUCCUCGCAGCAACCUCCAUCCACCUCAUAUUCACCACUCAAAAGAAUGGAACCAAAGGGGAUGUCAUAGCACACUCCAGAAGUGGCGAUCCCCUCUGCUGCCCGGUGACUGCAGUCAUUCGGCAGUUUCUCCUCCAUCGCAAACGAAUGCGACCCUAUUGCGGUACGGUAAAACUGGCGAGUUAUUACAAUAAACACAACACGAACGUUCGAAUUACAUCAGCAAUGGUCACCAACACCAUGCGCUGGCAUGCGGCGGUCCUUCAACCGACAACAGGCAUUUCACCUCGCGCCCUCAGUGCCCGAUCCUUGCGGGCCGGGGGCGCGAUGGCGUUACUGCAAGGAAAAUGUGACUCCAACGUCAUCAAGCUGCUCGCACGCUGGCAUAGUGACGCCAUGAUGCGCUACCUCCACCAGCAGAGCAUUCCCCUCUUCAAGAACCUCGCAGCCUUAAUGUUUAACAACGGCGCCUACAGCUUUCUUCCGGAGGAAUCUGUGCCGUCCACGCCGGCCUGAUAUCUCCGGUCUACCCCUCACGAUUCCCCUUCACGCUCCACUUCUCGCUCCGGCUACACCAAGACCUUUCCUUCACUGCACGUCGCCUCGUUAUGUCCCUCCCACGCUUCGCUCCCCCCCGGAGUCCUUUGGCCCAUUGGCAGGAGCUAGUAGUUAUGCGGAGGCCGGUGGGUUGGAUAAGCAGUCUCAAGGAUCCAAGCCCAACACGCUCCUCCCCCACGGAAUGAACCCUAACCCUAACG